AUGUCUGUACCAACCACAGAAGACUGGCUGCAAAUUUCUAAAAGUUUUUAUGAAAAAACACAAUUCCCAAAUUGUGUUGGUGCAGUCGACGGAAAGCAUGUACGAUUGGAAUGUACAAAAAAUAGUGGAUCACAGUACUUUAACUAUAAACACUUUUAUUCCCUUAUUCUUCUUGCUAUAUGUGAUGCUGAUUAUUGUUUUCGGAUUAUUGAUGUUGGUUCCUAUGUUAAUUUUCCACCUGACAACGUCUUACCUGGAGAUGAAAAAGGUAUACCUCAACCAUAUGUGAUUGUUGGUGAUGAGGCAUUUGCAUUAAAUAAACAUUUACUAAGGCCCUUCCCAGGAAAAUCUUUAAAUGAUCAAAGAAGAACAUUCAAUUAUCGGCUAUCAAGAGCGCGGCAAAACAUUGAAUGUACUUUUGGUAUUUUAAGUAAUAAAUGGAGAAUAUUUCAUACAUCUAUUUUAGCAUCUCCAGAUUUUGCAGUCAAAAUUACAAAAGCCGCUUGUGUUCUCCAUAACUUUUUACGCCACAGAGAUGGUUUCAGUGCAGAAGAUACAUUUAACUGCAAAAUGGAAGACUACACUAUCAAAAAAGGUAUAGGAAAUGCCUCGUUAGAAGCCAAAGAAGUGAGAGAAUAUUUUGUCAAUUAUAUAAACUCACCUGGAAAUAUUUUAAGCUGGCAAAACAAAGUAAUUGGGUGA